AUGUCGUCGGACGCACCGGCCUUCACGGCACCUUUGAGCCUGAGCUUCGGAUAUGGAAUUAUCCUGGGUCUAGGCUUUGCUUUUGCAUUGUCGAUGAUUUUCAUUACUUGGUCUUUGAAACGCUAUCAGAAUGAAGUCCAAACAUCCGAAAUGUUCUCAACUGCGGGCCGGUCCGUCAAGUCGGGCCUGGUUGCAGCUGCAGUAGUUAGCAGUUGGACUUGGGCUGCAACUCUUCUUCAAUCAUCUGCAGUCGCAUACAAAUACGGCGUUUCUGGUCCUUUUUACUAUGCAUCGGGCGCCACUGUCCAGAUUCUAUUGUUCGCAACCCUAGCUAUCGAGCUGAAACGCCGCGCACCGAAUGCACACACUUUCUUGGAAGUCAUCCGCGCCCGUUAUGGAACUGCCGUUCACAUUGUGUUUAUUGUUUUCUGUCUGAUGACCAACGUUCUUGUCACUGCGAUGCUCCUCACCGGUGGAUCGGCCGUCAUGACAUCGUUGACCGGCGUACCCACCGCAGCGGCCUGUUUCCUACUUCCAAUAGGCGUGGUAUUAUAUACCCUGUUCGGUGGUAUCAAGGCUACAUUCAUCACAGACUACAUGCACACCGUGGUAAUCCUGGUUGUCAUCUUCCUCUUCGCCUUCUCUGCCUAUGCCACCAACGCCGAGCUAGGCUCUCCAUCCAAGGUGUAUGAUGCAUUGGUCGCCGCCUCCCAGCGCCAUCCCGUUGAGGGCAACGCAGAAGGCAGCUAUCUAACCAUGCGCUCCAAGGAAGGCGGCAUCUUCUGGAUCAUCAAUCUAGUCGGAAACUUCGGCACCGUCUUCCUAGACAACGGCUACUACAACAAAGCCAUCGCUGCAAGCCCGGUACACGCCUUCCCAGGAUACGUAAUUGGCGGCAUUUGUUGGUUCGCAAUCCCCUGGCUAUGCGCCAGCACAAUGGGUCUUUCCGCGCUGGCUCUGGAGGGCACACAGCGUAUGAGCUCCAACGACGUCACCGCCGGCCUGGUUCUUCCCUUCGCGGCCGUCAAGCUGCUCGGCUACAGCGGCGCAGUCGCCACUACACUGAUGAUUUUCAUGGCCGUCACAUCAGCGUUCUCAGCACAGCUGAUUGCCGUUUCCUCUAUCUUCACCUAUGAUAUCUACGCAGCUUACGUCGAUCCAAAUGCCAAGGGCAAGAGACUCGUCUGGAUCUCGCACAUGUCCUGCAUCGUCUACUCAAUCAUCAUGGCGGGCUUCGCGACGGGCCUUUACUACGCCGGCAUCGGCAUGGGAUAUCUCUACCUGCUAAUGGGUGUAAUCAUCUCCUCUGCCGUCUUCCCAGGCGCGAUGACACUCCUCUGGAAGGGCCAGAAUCACCUCGCAGCGGGCCUGUCACCACCACUCGGCCUGGCAGUCUCACUCAUUGCCUGGCUAGUAACCGCCAAGAAAGAAUCCGGCGUCCUCACAGUCGAUAGCACCGGUGCUAAUUACCCCAUGCUAGCCGGCAACGUCGCCGCCCUCCUAAGUCCGGUGAUAUUCGUCCCCAUCUUGACCUACACCUUCGGUCCACAAAACUACAACUACGAAUCAAUGCGCGCAAUCCGCAAAGUCGACGAUACAGACGUCGCCGCCGCCGCACACAUAGAUCUGGAGCUCGUCCCCGGCGAAGCUGGCCCAACCCAAGCCGAAAGCGAGGAAGAGGCUCGCAAGCUCGAUCGCUCAGCACUAUACGCGCGCACGCUGACAAUCUUCAUGGCUCUGGCGUUCUUGAUUCUCUGGCCGAUUCCAAUGUACGGGUCUUCGUAUGUGUUUAGCAAGAAGUUCUUCACGGGUUGGGUGGUUGUUGGAAUUACUUGGUUGUUCUUCACUACUUUUGGGAUUGUGGUGUUCCCGUUGUGGGAGGGUCGGGCUAGUAUUAUUCGUGUUGCGCGGAUGAUGUCGCUGGAUCUUGUUGGUAGGAGGCCUAGGGUUUACCGUGGGACGAAGGCUGGGAGUGAGGAGGCAGCUACGCCUUCGGGUGUUGUGACGCCAAUUGAGGUUGGAGAGAAGGAGAAGGGGGUUAUGGAGAGGGCGAUUUAG